AUGUGCGUCGUGGGCUCGAGCGCGAUCGUCGCGGUGGUGAAACCGGCGAGGGAUGGCGCGGCGGAGGCGACGGCGGCGACGGCGGCGAAUUACGUCGUCGCGGGGGUGUUCGCGGCGGAGGCGCUGGUGAAGAGCGUGGCGCUGGGAUUCGCGCUGGGCGAGGGGGCGUACUUGACGACGAAUUGGCAUCGGUUCGAUUUCACGCUCGUCGUGCUGUCGUUGAUGUUGAUGCCGAUCGGAGGCUCGCAGGUGGUGACGGUGCGACUGUUGCGGUCGUUGUACGCGUUCAAGUUGUUCGCGAAGUACCGCAGCGCGAGGUUGGCGAUGAAAACGAUCGCUCGAGCGCUGCCGUUGUUGGGGGACGUGCUGUUGUUUUUGCUGUGGUUUUUAAUAUUCUUCGCGGUGAGCGGCGUGACGAUGUUCGGCGGUCGGAUGACGGGACGGUGGUACGGGACGCCGCCGGAUCAAGCGACGAACGCGAGCUACGUGUUUCCCGUGGGGACGGGGAGUGAGACGUGUGCGAACUUGGUCGGCGCGUGGAUGGGCGCUCUCGCGUUGGGCGCCGAAGGAACGUACCCAAAUGAGUACGACAGCACGUGCAACUACAAGGAAUGGAACACAAACAGAAGCGCGACGGAGUGGUGCUGUGAUUCGGGCAUCGAGCCGUAUGACGGAUUUCUGAGCUUUGCGAACGCUGGGAGAAGUUCAAUUGUCGCGUUAAAUGGAAUGACCAUCGACGGUUGGAAUGAGUUGCUCAAUCCCACGGCGUACGCGGUUGGCUAUCCCGCGGCGUUUCUUUGGUUCAUCGUCGUCGUUCUGAUGGGUGGGUUUUUUAUGAUGGAACUCUUUACAUCCGUCAUUUGCGCGACGUUGACGCAAAUGGGUAUUCGCGACGAAGACGAAGCGCCCGAAGACUCGAGCCAGGCGAAGACAGAGAAAGUACUAGAAAGCUUGGACGACGAGACGGCGCUCAGUCGCGGCGAAAGCGAUGGACGCGGAAACAACUUUCACAAGAAUGGUGAGCGUUUUUUUCGUCUCUUUGUGUCUGAUGCAACGCGUCAAAUGUGCUGGAAAAUCGCUGAAGACCGACGUUUUGAUGCCAGCAUCACGGUGGUUAUUAUAUUUAAUACAAUUUUGAUGAUGUCGCAGCAUCACGCGGCGUCGUCGGGAUUCGUCAAGGCUUCUGAAAUUUUAGAAUAUGUUUUCCUCGGAUGUUUUGCUGUAGAAAUGGCGAUUAAACACAUCGGAUACGGCUUUAGAGGAUACUGGAGCUCAAAGCAAAACGUUGUCGAUGGGUUGAUCGUGUUUACCGGUGUCAUCAGUACGGCGGUGACGAGUCAAGGCGUGAGCGCGUCAUUCAUUCGUCUCUUGCGAAUAGGAAGGGCGCUGCGAACGUUUCGCGUCAUCAGAAACAACAGAGAAUUUAGGAAGAUCAUUUCAAGCGCGUAUCUCGGUUUCCAAGACAUGUGGCCGUUUUUGAUCGUUUGGCUAUUAUUUCAAGUCAUAUUUGCCAUUUACGGAUUUCAACUCUUCACCGGGUUAGGAGCGCUCGACGACGAGCGCUUGACGUUUAGGAACUUUUUGCGCAGCGCGUUGACGCUGUUUGUUGUCGCCACGGGAGAGGACUCGUUUGUUGUCGCGUGGAAUACUAUGGUAGCGUCCGGUAACGACGUCGUCGUUCUGUACACCAUCGCGUGGAUUUUUUUAUCCACCGUCAUCUUGUCGCUCGUGCUCGGGAUUUUAAUCGACUCGUGUUCGCUCGUCGACAUCGAGGAAGAGCAACGCGCGCAAGACGAGCUUGAAGAUGGCAGACUGAGGUCUGCCAUCGAACGUGCGGGUGAUAUCGUGCUAGAUCCGAAUCGGAAAGCGAAACGGGUACUGCAAAACAUGACAUUCGCGGCGAACGCAUUCAGGAGUACGUUGCGAAAACAUGCGCGCAGCAAGCGCGGCGACUCGAUAAAAGACAGAGGUGAUACGAGCUUCAAGUUUAAUCUUUUGGAUGCGGCCAGGAAACAAGAAUGUGCCGAACAAGCAAUACAAUCGCAAGCGAAAAAGAGUUUAAAGACGGCCGAUGGCAGUACGCCUACGGCGAUUUCAUCCGUACUCGCAGCAUUAAAGCCUCCGGAUCACGGUGGCAAGCUCGCGCAGGUCAAGAAGGACCGCUUGAGAAAGCAAACAGUCGAAGAUGUUGCUGCGUGCAGGAUAUUUCUAGAUUCGAUCGGAUUCAAGUUGAAGACACCGGCGCAAGUACUGACCAUAAGCGAGCACGCUCUUAAGGAGGCUCAACUUCGCCUGACGCCAAAGUUUGUGGAGUAUCAAGACUAUCAAGACAAAGCGUUCGGGGUGACUAGCUCUAUCAAAAGUUCUAUUAGGCACAGUAUGACGAAAAGAUUUGCGGCGCAAAACAAUCGUUUAAGCAUCGAGGAUAAGAGUAAGGAAGACGAGCAUGUCGUCUUUGACGCGCACGGUCCUUGGGCGGCGACAAUCACGAGAUCCAUCUCCUCACGCGUGAAGAAACAGUCGUCAGAGAUACCGGGCGUGAUCGUCACAAAAGAUGGCGACUUUAUACCGCUGUACGACGAUACGAUUCCCGUCGAGAGAUACAAAUACUUGGUGCACAAAAUUGUUUCACACAACCUCUUUGAGAACGCCAUUCUAUGCAUGAUCAUCGCUGGUAGCGUGUUACUCGCGACAGAAACAAAGACUUGGCCAGUGGCGGGAUCUCAUACUGCAAAAGUGUACACCGCGGUUGAUAUUACUUUUACGACUUUAUUUGGCGCAGAGAUGGUAUUAAAGUUAUUCGCCUACGGGUUGUACGAGCGACCGACUGCGUAUCUGAAGAAUUCCUUCAACAUUCUCGAUGGCGUCGUCGUCUUUACAUCAAUCAUUUCGCUCACCGCGGCAGACGAUGGCAGCGGAAGCGUGCGAGCACUUCGACUUUUGCGAAUCAUGCGCCCGCUUCGAUCCAUUCGUCGUUUCCCUGGUCUCCGCCUUGUCGUUAACACUGUACUUUCCGCGAUCCCAGCCGUAAGUUACGUGUGCUUCAUCGGUUUAGUUUCCAUGUCAAUUUUCGCACUUCUUGGUAUGGAGCUCUUUAUGGGUAAGUUUUGGUCGUGUCGAGUGGUGAAUGAUGCGAGUAGCUACACUACACAAGCAACGUGCGAGGCAGCGGGAGGAAAGUGGCGAAAUGCAAAGUUCAACUUUGAUAACUUUGGCGCUGCACUUUUAUCGACGUUUCUACUGCACGCCGGCGAUGACUGGCAAGAAAUCAUGUGGGUCGCCAUGGAUACCACAGGCGUCGGGACCGGCUUGAAAACAGAUAACAACCAAGCCGCCGCUCUUUAUUUUGUAUUGACGGUCGCCAUCGGGAAUUUCUUUUGGUUGAAUUUAUUAGUCACGGCGCUCGUGGACAACUUUAACAAGAUGGCUUCGCAAGACAAGCUUACGUUUGUCACCCCAGCGCAGCGGCGCUGGCAGCAGGCUAUACUACGUGCAAGCACGCAAGAUUCAGAGGCAUGGCGCAGAAUCGUACCGCCGCCAGGCAAAAGCCUUUGGUCGCGAGCUCGUCUACUUGCGCAUCAUAUCUCAAAGCCGAAAAAGUUUGCGUACUUCAUCCUCGUGGUAGUGUGCGCAAAUUUAAUCGAGCUCUUGACACAAACGGCGAAUAUGAGCAGUUCAGCAGAAUAUGCUCACUUCUGCAUGUCUAUCGCGUUCACUGCGGUGUACUCUUUGGAAAUGAUGCUUUUGCUCAUGGCGCAAGGUCGGACGCGUUACUUUAGGAAUUAUUGGAAUUGGCUGGACGCCUUCGUCGUCGUAGUUUCCAUCGUACAGGCGAUCGGACAAAGUCUAAACGCAGGCGGUGUCAUGAAUUACCUACAAUUGGUGAGAUUGUUGAGAUUACUGAAACUGGUAAAGGCACAUUCUGGGCUGCGGUCGCUCUUCAACACGUUCAUAAUGAGUCUUCCGGGUGUCGGAAACGUCGCCGCGCUAUCGUCCCUCGCGAUCUUUUCGUACGCCAUCAUGGGUGUUUCACUUUUCGGCGAUGAAACCGGCCCUUUCGAAGGCGGCGUGCUAUCGAAGUACUCGAACUUUCAACGAUUCACCACAGCUUGCUCAUCUCUCAUCGGGGUGUACACGGGUGGCUGGGUUGGCACGUUCGGCGAGGUGUACCAAACAGAGGCGUGCUUACGCACAGAAGCACCGUUCAUGUUGGAAUCCAGCAUCGACUGCUCGUAUAACGCUGCUGCGGUCCCAUACUUUAUAUCAUUUGUCAUCAUCUCUAUAUUUUUGCUCGGAAAUUUAUUUGUGGCGAUCAUUCUCGAAAGAUUCUCAGUAUCAGCGGACGACGAGGGACUGUACGACACCGAGGAGGUGGUGGAAAUUAUCAAGCACACGAUUCAGCUUCGACGACUCGCAAUCAGAAUUAAAAAGAAAGUCGUGCGGUCGCGCGAACCUGGUGGCGCGUUAUUUGACGCAUCAACCAAAGCGCGUAGCGUGAUUGAGAGAUUCACCCACAGCGCUCAGGAAGAACGUGCCGUCGUAAAGGGUCACCGAGGCGGGAGUGUCGCUCGCGAUCACGUCGCGACGCUCGCCGCAUUCGAGACGAAUGGAGAGCAGGGUAACGUCGUGCCCGGACGGAACCAGUCCAUCUUAGAUCUCGCACCAGAGACGGAUGUGACAGCAGAACGGGAAGUGCGACCGGAACCGGAACCCGAACUAGAACUGGAACCACCGGAACCUCUACGCGGCGCCGCAUUUUUUGGUGAGAACAGGUUUGAGUCGCGGCGUGCUUACGCAUCUUCCACGGAUGCUGACUCGGAUGACGAUCAUUACGCGUUUGAGAUGAAAGACCCAUCUAGUGGACGCCAACCAGGGCUGAAUACACCGAAUGAUGGACUGAGUGAACGUGAACCGAGCGAACUGGCGUAUUCCAUGGGUGAAUCGUACGACGCCGAAGAGAGCGCGUCAGAUGAGGACAGAUUCGCUCAGUCAUCAUUUUCUCCCGAGUCGUAUAGAUUUAAUGCCUCAGGAGAAGAAGCGACGCGGGUGCAUUAUGCAAGGCAUAGCGAUUAUCUCUACGAUUUUCGGGACGCGGACGAUUCGCCUGAGCGCCGGCGAAAGGCGUCUUCGUUGCUCGGAAGCGAAACGAGCGAUGACGGCGCGACGGGGGGGCAGACGAGCGACGCGGUGUCCGACGGAGAGUUCGCAAAGCUAUCUUUUAGACUAUAG